AUGGCUACUAAUGAAUUGGGUGAAACUGUUCUUCAUCGUGCUGCUAAUCACAUUGAUAUCGUAAAGUAUCUCAUUAAUGAGUGUCACUGUGAUCCAAUGGCUACUGACUCUAACAACAAGACAACUCUUCAUAAAGCAGCUCAAAGAGAUUCAUCUGAUGUAGCUAAGUAUCUCAUUAAUGAGAAACACUGUGAUCCAAUGACUGUUGACAGUCUCGGGCAGACACCUCUUCACAUUGCUGCUUAUUGGAAUAAUCCUGCAGUUGUUGAAUAUUUACUAUCAACUGCCAGCCAUAUGGAUGAGGUAAGGGAUGAGGUAAGUAAUCUUGUUGAAUGGAGAAAGGAAGAAAUACAGAAGGUCAUUGUAAGGGAAAAGUGUGAUAGUGUCUUCUUAGAUUGUCGUAAGCUUGGUGGGAGUGGUUUGGAUUCCCUCUUUAAAAUGUUGUCUAGUGCCU